AUGAUCACAAUCUUGAGUCAAGAAUUUGGAAUUCCAUUAACUAAAAAGGAUCUGUUCACUCAGAAACCUUCGUUAGUCCCAUUUUCCUCUGAUUCUUUUACAAUACCAGGAAAAGUAAACCGAGUGAAACGGGCAGUAUAUUCUACAUUAGAUAACCACAAUGAAAAGUAUGUGCAGUGGAAGAAAGAAAAAGAAGACAAAAUAUCUUCUGAGAGAAACCAUAUUGCGGCUAAUAUUGGUGCUGUAAGACAACACAAAGGAAAGAUGAAACACCCCAAGUUUGAAACCUUCAGGAUUUUUCCUGUUGAUGGCAAAUCUGUCUAUAACUACAGUUCACAGGGCCUGAAUUCUGUAGAACUUGCGAAGAAGCGUCUUCGCCAGGAAAUGGCAAAGAAACCAAAGAAGAGGUUCACUUAUUGCCACGAAUAUCUGUCAGCUAUGUUUGAUCCAGUAGAUUUGGUUGCUGCUUAUAAAGAAUUCUUAGCAAAAUACAAGAGUAUGUGGCUGUCAGGAGAUGGAUUUGUUUUUCCUGGUUAUAAGAGCAGCAUUGAAAGCAACCUGCACCCUCAAAUGCCUGACGAGGCACGGCUGAAGGAGUUACGUGAGAAAUGGCAGGAGAAUGUUCUGUUUGGUAACAUGGACCCAGUUCUGUCACGAGACAGAUGGAGUUGGGACGAGCGACACAUUGAUUUUGAUCUUUACAAGAAACCGCCUGAGCUGCCCAUGACCACAGUCCUUCAGAGAAGUAAUGGGGCUCUCUCAAUUUGCUAA